AUGACCAUGAUGGACGUGGCUACCGUCAACGAGGUCAUCGACUGCGUCGGCCGCCUCUUCGACCACAUUCCCUACGCCGUCUGCGGAACCGCCGCCCUCAUCUACUAUGGCUACCGCGCAUACUCGCCCGACCACGUCAGCAUCACCUGCCCCGAGGAGUCCAAGGAGGCCAUCCGCUGCUGGGCGCUGGCCAAGGGAAUGACGCCCUUGCCCGACAACCCCGACGGCUUCAGCGUGCGCGUCGCCAGCGGCCGCUCGUGCCCCGUGUGCAUCAAGUUCAUGAAGAACGGCUUCGAGCAACUCGAGGUAGUGCGGAUCGGCCCCGGCCAGGCCAGCAUGGUGACGCUGCCCAGCAUCGCAAACACCAUUGCCCGCAGCUACGUCUUCCGCCUGCACUCGUCGUCCACCGACCGCCAGGCCCUCUAUGCGCGGUACCUGGCCUGGACUCUCAAGCGCAUGGCUGAGAUCCCGCCCACAGACCCGGUUCAGCGCCUGACGCCCGAGCGCGCGCGCGACAUCAUCAACCGCUCCUUUUGGAUCCCCUUUACACUUUCCUACCCUGAGACCGUGCCGCUCUUCCAAGCUGCCGGGCUUGAGAUUCAGGGCGACGGCAGCCUCAUGGACUGGCAGCAGCCCGACGAGCAGAGCAUGCCUCCUCCACGGCCGCGGGCCCGGACCGCGGCAAGCCGCUACAGCCUCAACAACGCCAGCAGCAACUACAGCCUCAAUAACGCCAGCAGCAAUGGUCACCUCCGUAAUCACAGCUACGGCUACGGCCAAAACUAUAACCAGCACUACGGCCAAGGCUACGGUCAGAACUAUAACCAAGGUUAUGGCCAGAAUUAUGGCCAAGGAUAUGGCCAAGGAUACGGCCAAGGAGGAUACGGUCAACCAUACGGUCAAGACUUCAACCAGGGCUAUGGCCAAGGCUACAACCAGGGCUACGGUCAAGGCUUUGGCCAAGGAUACGGCCAGAACUACGGCCAGAACUUCGCAAACAACUAUAACCCGGCCUUCAGCCAGAGCCAGACCAGCCAUACCCGGCACAGCUACCACGGUUCAGAUUUUUCGGAUUCCGAGAAUGGCAACACCCCAUCCCUUCGCAGAGUCACCAAGCGUUUACCGAGCGUCAGGCCCAUGAUGUCAACAUUUUCGUCUCCCUCCACCUCCGAUUCGGAAUUCUCCCACUCGGCCGGCGCCUUCUCGCCGCAGUACAUUCUCGCCUCGCCUCUGAUAUCGCCUACAGCGCAGAUGCCGCCGCCGCCGCCUUUUUCAUCAUAUCACCAUUACCCACCGCUCUCUCCUGCAAACUCUAUUCCUCAUAUACGGCCACUGGCUCCCCCGCCACUACCAAGGAGGGCAUUAUCGAAUCGCCAGGAUACAAGGUCCUGGACAUGA